UUGUGGGGGGACAGGGUCGUAAUCCCGGAAAAAUUACAAAAAAAAGUCCUAAGCAUGCUGCACGAAGGGCACCCCGGCAUCGUUAGGACAAAAGCCCUGGCCAGAAGCCACGUCUGGUGGCCAGGGAUGGACAAGGAGAUCGAAGCCUGGGUAGCCUCCUGCAAGCAGUGCCAGGAAUCAAGACCAAACCCCCCCGCCGCCCCGAGCCGAGAGUGGGAAACCCCCAGGGGUCCAUGGUCCCGAAUCCACGUAGAUUUCGCGGGACCAACCAAAGGACACACCUUCCUGGUAACCGUAGACGCUUACUCAAACUGGCUGGAGGUAAGCAACAUGAAGACGACAACCACAGACUCCGUCAUCAGAGAACUCAGCAAACUCUUCGCAACCCACGGCCUCCCAGAUGUCAUCGUAUCGGACAACGGCCCCCAGUUCACCGCACUACCGUUCGAGAAAUUCCUAGCAGAACGAGGAAUCCGACACGCAUUAACAGCGCCGGCGCACCCGGCGGCGAACGGUAGGGCGGAGAAAAUGGUCCAAUUUACAAAAAAGACCAUCCAAAAGAUCGAAACCGGCGACAUACAGGACAAGAUAAAUCGAAUGCUCCUAAUUCAACACAUAACCCCGAGUACCACAACGAACAAGAGCCCAGCGGAGCUACUAAUGGGAAGAAAACUGCGAUCCCCGCUCGACCGCCUG